CAUUAAUAAAAGAUAAUUAGUUUUAUCCUCAGUCCUCAAUGCUCGCCCGUCGUCUUCACACCACAUCCAGAAGAAAGGAAUCAAAUCUUCCAAACCAGAACCAGCUCUUCCUCUCUCUCUCUCUCUCUCUCCCGCCAUUCUACGCGCACUUUGAUCUUUCGCUAAAUAUUAAAUAUUUAUUAUUUCCUAAUUCCAAUUAAUAAUUUCCAUGGCGGCUUUCUUCUUCUUCUUCUUCUUCCCCAUACCUCAUUCCUUAGUCAACGCCAGACCCACCUCCCAUUUCGAUCGUCAUUCGGUUUCCCCCUUUCUCCCGUCUCCACCAACUCAAAUUCCCCGGCAAUGGGUCGCCGUCCGAUCGACCCAGAAUCCUCCCGCUUCCCCUCUCUCCCCAUCCUCCUCGCCGGUUUCUUCUCCUUCGCCGCCGUCUACACGAUCCUCUCCGUAGUCCUCAAUCCAAACAACAGCCCGGCCGCUCCCUUUCACGGCUCGGCAGCAACGCUCCAGUCUCAGGGCGACGGCGAAGGGGGAGACGGCGGCUGCUGCAGGGGAAUCGAGAAGCUGGAGCUGUGGGGGCAGGCGGUGAAGUGGGGAUCGGAAUUCAAGUUCAAUUCCUCCCGGGAGUGCUGCCAGGCCUGCAAGACGCUGUGCAGUGGGAACCAAGGGCCUUGCCUCUGCGAUUCCUGGGUCUUCUGCGGGGACAAAGAGGCUUGCGGCCCCAAAUUCGGCGAGUGUUGGUUGAAGAAGCAGAAAGAUGUAUUGGAUCCUGAUAGGCAGGGAGCUGGGGAGACUACAAUGUGGACUUCUGGGCUCGUCUUUGGGAGAGGAGAGGGUAUUGUCGGCUUGGAAACAGAAUAUGGCACCCUUCACAUCAAAGUAAGCCUUCCUCUUUCUUCCUUUCAUAGUUUUUUGGCCAGCUUAAUUUGGUCUAACUGUGCACCACGUUCUGUAGCUUACAUCCUGGAGUUGCUAACCUUGCGCCACUGCGCUGGCUGCCAGUUUUACCGUGCAGAAGGCCGGGGGGAUUCAUGGGACUCGGAAGGAAACCACAUAGCUAACGCUGCAUUUGGGCCUCCAUUUGCCUUGGUGCAAGGAGUAGUGGAAGCUCAGGGAACACCGUUCAAAAGAGUGGAGAAAGAAGCUUGUCCAACGGUGAGAAGGGGUUCGGUUGCAUGGGUUGGCUCUGGGCCAGAGUUCUUCAUCAGCCUGGCCCAUCACCCAGAAUGGAAGCAUGAAUACACAGUGUUUGGCUCUGUGAUGCCAGAGGACAUGGGGAUUGCUGAGAAGAUCGCCCAACUCCCCACAAAACCAGAUGUGUGGAACGGCAUCAACGUGUCUGUGCUUCAAAAACCGGUUCCAUUGAUGUUCAGGAGAAGCCAGAUAAAGCGCCAGGGAGAUCUUUAGUCAACUGAGAGAUAGGGUUCAUUUUGUGGGUUCUUUUCUUCUACAAAUUCCCCACGUAAUAUAAUGGUGAAAGUUUUUUAUUCAACAUUUUCCCAGUGUGAAAGUCACAAACGGCAGAGCUAUUAUACCCUGAUCUUCUACUGCCAGCUUCAUAUUUUUGGAUCAUUGAUUCGUAGCAAAAGCGCGAAUGCAGAUAAACUGCAGUUUACACUAGUUUGUAUUAUGCUGCCAGUAUAAUGGAAUGCUUUUGAGCCUGCGUUUAGCGAGAUCGAGAUCGCGAUCGCCAACAGAGAUAUCUGCCCUUGGUUCCUGGUAGGAAUCAUUCAGUGAAAGUUGUUCAAUCGACAAGCCGAAGAGGG